ACCGUCGAGCUCAACGACGCCCUCUUCUGCAGCGCGCAUUUCAAGGAAGUCUGCACGGAAUGCUCGUGCGACCUUCGCGAGGAGAACGACUCGUUCUUCGGGUUCGAGCCGAUAAAUCGCGAAGGCCUCGAGGCGCCCCAGGCGACGCAGACCAAGGACGGCGACUGGCAGUGCAAGAAGCACGGCUCUAAGGCUUGCAAUCAGUGCUACGGGUGGAAGAAGCAGAUCACCCGCGCGCGGACGGCGGCCAAGAAGGCCGGCAAG